AUGCGAAUAACUUCAAGAUUAUCGACUUCCUUGGUCAGCUCGAUCAAACCUUUGAAACCUUUAGGAAAUAUCCACAAUUCGAAACUCCCAAGAGCAUAUUCGACUUAUCCUCCGCAAGCAAAGCUUAACAAGGCAAUUGAUUAUGGAUCAACGACAAUGUUAUGCCAUAGCACAUCAAGUGCAUUACAAAAUCCCGAAUUUCCACCAGAAAUACGAAAUGGUACCACAAAACGAAUGAACCUAUUUCAAUCCAUUAACGAUGCGUUAUCUUUGGCAUUAUCUAAAGAUGAAACAACUAUGGUUUUUGGAGAAGAUGUAGGAUUUGGAGGCGUUUUUCGUUGCAGUACUGGACUUGCAGAACAAUAUGGAUCAGAAAGGGUAUUCAAUACACCAUUAUGCGAACAAGGAAUUAUAGGAUUUGCGAUUGGGGCAGCUGCAGAGGGUAUGAAAGCUGUUGCUGAAAUUCAGUUUGCAGAUUAUGUAUACCCAGCCUUUGAUCAAUUGGUCAAUGAGGCAGCAAAGUGGAGAUAUAGAGAUGGAGAAUAUGGAAGAGGAUUGGGUGGACUCACUGUUAGAAUGCCGUGCGGAGCAGUAGGACAUGGUGCUUUAUAUCAUUCCCAGUCUCCGGAAUCUCUAUUUACACAUAUUCCUGGCCUUCGAGUCAUAAUGCCACGAUCACCUAUUCAAGCAAAGGGUCUACUUCUAUCUGCUAUACAAAGUUCAGAUCCAUGUAUCUUUAUGGAACCUAAAGCAUUGUACCGUGCAGCUGUUGAACAAGUCCCAAUAGACGCCUACACAUUGCCUCUUUCCGUCGCAGAAAUUGUCAAGCCCGGGAAAGAUUUAACUUUAAUCUCUUACGGUCACCCUAUGUAUACAUGUUCCGCUGCAUUAGAAGCAGCAGAACGAGAUCUCGGAAUCAGUGUUGAGUUGAUUGAUUUGCGGACAGUAUAUCCAUGGGAUAAAGAAACAGUGUUGAAGAGUGUAAGAAAGACUGGAAGGUGUGUAGUAGUACAUGAAAGUAUGGUAAAUGCUGGAAUUGGUGCGGAAGUUGCUGCAAGUAUACAGGAAGAUAAGGAGACAUUUUUGAGAAUGGAGGCACCAGUUGCUAGAGUUGCUGGCUGGGGAAUACAUAUGCCACUAAUGUUUGAGAAGUUCAACGUACCAGACGUUACUAGGGUUUAUGACGCUAUUAAGAAGUCUAUCCGGUACUAG